GCCGGAUCUGCUUGCGCGCGGGCGACCCGGUACAGUAUUGAAUUACCAAUCAAACGACAUAGCCCAUCUUCAAUUGUCACACGGACAUCUCAUGCGUGGGUGUGAACGAUGCUUCGCAAAUGCUUCUUAGUGGUAGCUAGCUUGUGUGUGACAAGCACCUACCCCACCUCCCAUCAUUGAACAGUCUUCUGGUGUCCGUAUCGAUCUCCAAUGUCAGCGCAGGAAGUCCCUCUUUCGCAAAUGACCAGUGAUAACGACCAAAAGAUCAGUUUUUGGGAAGGUCCGGUAAACAAGCUGGAGACGCUGUUCGGGGACCUAUUAGCAACAAACGAAAGUCUCGAGUGGAGGGUUCGUGAACUAGAAGAAGAUGUUAAGGUCGCUAGGCGUGAUGAAAACGCUUGGAAGAUCGCAUACACAUCGACGAUCAGCAAGAUGGAGAAUCUCUCUCAGGACUACGAGGUGUUGCAAGACUCGUUGAUGAAGGAUCGUGAUACCAUGUCAUUGGCGCUUAUCGACGGGGAUAAUUUCAUUUUCUCUGCGAAGUACUGGAAGAGAGGGAAAGAUGGAGGCCAGGAAGCGGCCACUGACCUUCGUCGUGCACUCCUCGAAGUAGCUGGGCCCUUGCCUUUCCAUCAAGCCAUCCUUUACUUCAAUAAGAGGGGGCUUUCGGAUGCGUUAUAUGCAAACGGCAUAUGUUCAAGAACCGAAUUCGAGGAGUUCAUUGUCGGUUUCAAUGGAGCUCCACAUUUUUCCAUGACAGAUGUCGGGCAACGGAGGAAGUCCCUAGACACUAAGAUAAGGGAGACAAUGAAGUUGCACGCACAUCUUCAUCAGACGAAACUGGUCCUUCUUGGCGGUGGUCACAGCGAGGUGUACGCAGGAGAAUUCCUUGCGCUUCAAGCGAAGGGAUUAUUGGAGAAGUUCGUGCUACUAAAGGGAUACAAUCCACUAGCCCGAAAUGUGGAAUCCUUGGAGUUGUCAUCACGAAGGAUUGAUGGCCUUUUUCUUUCUGACCGACUGCCUGCGACUGGCACGAGAAGCAAGGCCCGAAUUGACCCAUAUCUUUCGGCAGCAAGCGCAGGCAAGACCCAGAAGAAUGCUGACCCGAGAGAAGUCCCCCAAGUGUCCACUCACGGCGAAGCAUGGAAGAGGGAACUUAUCAAUAAAGGCCAGCUCACCCGGAGGGGAAAAUCACCCAAGUUACAAUAUCAGACCGACAGUGAACUCACUGAGACUUCCCCGGAAGGUAACGGGGCCUGGCGAUCGCUAGGUGAUAGGCUCGAUGUUUCUCCCAGAUAUGGAAGGAGGAGUCUUUCUCCAGCGUCCCCUCGAAGCGUUUCGCCGUCCUUCAGUGACGGAGAGGAAGGCACAAGUUUGACACUUUUAACUCCUGCGCCUCCUGAAGAAUCCCACUCAUCACGACUCCCAUCGAACGGCAAGCCUACUGAUAAGCUGCUACCAAGGGGUCGCACAUCCGCUUGAUGUAGAUAAUCUUUCAAAUUGACUCUGUAUUUCAUUCAGAGUUUCGUUGAACUCUGCUUGCACCUUACCCGUGUUGUAUCAACCCGAUAGAUGAGUAUGCCACUGA